AUGUGCCUCAGGGUGGCUAUAUUGACUCAUUUACUACUGCUUGUUGACAAGGCCGAUUCUAAAAAAGGAAUCCUCUCUGCCCCAUCUGGUAAUAUCUCCAGUCCAAACUUCCCGGGCCUAUAUCCUUACAACAUUGACUGUUCCUGGCUAAUAGUGGUGGCAGAGGGCUCCUCCGUCCUCCUCACCUUUCACCACUUUGAGCUGGAAUACCACACAAGCUGUGCUUACGACUACAUCAAAAUAUAUAAUGGCAUAUCUGAGGAUCAGGGGAACCUCCUUGGGACAUUUUGUGGUGACAUCUCUCCACCUCAGUUCACCUCUUCUUGGAAUGUCAUGUCUAUCAUCUUCCAUUCAGACCGUUAUGUGGCCUACAGAGGCUUCAGCGUUGGCUACAGGAAAGAUAUGUGUGGUGGGGUCCUGACCGGACUAUCAGGUGUAAUAUCCAGUCCAGGCUACCCUCAGGAGUAUAACAACAAUGCCGACUGUUCCUGGACCAUUCAUGUGUCUAACACGAGUGUCAUCACCUUGGUCCUUUUGGACUUUCAGCUGGAAAACAAUGAGGGAUGCAAUUUUGACUUUGUUGCCCUGUUUGAUGGCCCGACAAUAACGCACCGCCACAUCGGCAAAUACUGUGGGGCAGAUAAACCCCCCAACAUAGUCACAACUUCCAAUCAACUUCUGGUAGUCUUCAAGUCAGAUUUUACCAUUGGAGGACGGGGUUUCAAGGCUUACUAUUACUCAGGUGAAUGCCAGCAAGCCUUGUCAGCUGUAAGUGGCAACUUUAGCAGUCCACAUUUCCCCAACAUCUACCCAAACAACAUCAACUGCCACUGGAGCAUCACCCUAGCAGCUGGAUACCGCAUCAAACUCUUCUUCACUGUCAUGGACUUGGAAGACCGCAACAGUCUAUCAGAUGAGUGUGACUAUGACUCUGUGGCAGUUUACGAUGGGAACAGCCAGACAGACACCCUGCUGGGACGCUGGUGUGGGAGGGAGCAGCCUCGGUCUCUCGUCUCAAAGGGAAACAAGCUGCUGGUAGUACUCACCUCAGACAGAAAUGAAGCUCACAGAGGGUUCAGCGCUUAUUAUCUUGGAGUGGUGCCUGUAAAUAUUAAUUCUAGAUUGUGA